AGCAUCGAAUGGAGGUCAGUGGCGUAUCAAUUACCGACCGCCGGAAAAUGUUUUUUUGUUUUUUUUAACUGCACAGAAAGUUUUUGACAUUGUGUUUUUUUUGUUUUUUUUUCUUGAAACCCUUGUGCAAACAAUGCAUAUCUUGCCGCCUUUGCCACCUAAUUUAAGUGAAAUGAUUAAUCUCAACUAUAUUUUUUAUUUUCGUAGUGAAUUUUCUGGAAUUUGAGGUGUUUUGCUAUUAAAUUUUGCAAUAUAUAUUGGACUCACAACCGUUAUUUAUUGCCGCGAAAAGAUUGUUGGAAUUCUUUUCGCUUCGGGAGAUUGAUCGAGUUUGUACAGAAUUUUCCGUGUGUCAGGUGAGCGAAUAAAAGCAUGAAUUGUGGUGGGACGACUGAGAAAUACGGGUGCGAGGAAGUAAAAUUUUUACAUAUAUGAUAGUCAAGAUAGGCCUUGCUGUCAGUCUGUCUGUUGCAGUUUAUGUAUUGACUCAGCUCAGAAGUAAGCCUGCCAGUCGAUCGAAUCCUGCAAGAGAACCGCGAUAUUUAAUCCGGGGAAUACAAGAAAACAAUGUCGAAAUCAAUAAACAAAUCUGUUCAUACUCGAAAGCUGAUUCAACACAGAAAAAUUAUCAGCAGGAGGAGGAGGUUAAAAGAAUUGAUAGCCUUCGUUCAUCAUUGAGCAACCAGAGCUUCAAUGAUGAUGAACAACUUCUCCUUCCAGAAUUCAGUGAUCUUAUAUCAGAGGAGAUGCCGUUUCCAUCCCAAGAUGCUGAGUCUUCUAAAACUGUACAAAAUGGUGAUAAGGAUAAACAGUCUAUGGAGAUAGAUUCUGAUUUAAUGCCUAAGAAUGACGGGCAUAUGUAUGCGGAGGCAAUGACAAAUGCUAGUGAUGAAAUUGAAAGAUUAAGGGCUCUUGUCCAAGAAUUACAGAAAAGGGAAGAAAGUUAUGAAAAUGAAUUGCUUGAGUAUUAUGGUCUAAAGGAACAGGAAGCAAGCAUUGUUGAAUUAGAGAGGCGUCUCAAACUUAAUGGAGUUGAGAUUGAAAUGCUUAAAUUAAAAAUAAAUACUUUGGAAGCUCAAAAGAAGAAAAUUGAAGAGGAAUUAGUGGAAGCUUCUUUAGUUAACAAAGAGCUUGAAUGUGCCAGAUCAAUCAUUGAGGAGCUUCAAAGACAGAUACAAAUGGAUUUUAAAGAGUCAAAUGAACAACUUCAUAUGCUUCAACAAAGAAUCACAGUUCUUGAAGUUAAGGAGAAAGAUGCUUCUGAAAAGAAUUUUCAAUUGGAGAAGAAAUUGCAGACAUUGAAAGAACUUGAAGUGGAAGUAGUUGAAUUAAGAAGGGCCAACAAAGAGUUGCAACAAGAAAAGCGGGAGCUGAUGGUGAAACUAGACUUUGCAGAAGCAAAAAUCGCUUCCCUUUCUAAAAUCACAGAGACAGAGGUUAUAGAAAAGGCUAGAGAGGAGGUCAAUUUCUUGAGGCAUGAGAAUAAAGAUCUGUCAAAGCAAAUAGAAGGACUGCAGAAUAAUCGGUUUAGCGAAGUUGAGGCAUUGGUUUAUUUGAGAUGGGUUAAUGCAUGCCUGCGCUACGAGUUGAGGAACUACAAAGCUCCUCCAGGAAAAGUGACCGCACGUGAUCUCAACAAAAGCUUGAGCCCAAGAUCACAGGAGAAGGCAAAACAGCUUAUGUUUGAAUAUGCUGGGCCAGAUGUUUUUACAUUGCGCGAGAAAGAGUUCACAGAUAAUGACUUUGAGACCGCAUCUUCCCGGACAUCCACACCCUCUGAUAGUGGUGACUUUGAUGACUUUUCUUUGGAUAGUGUAUCUAGCAGACAAACCAGAUCAAAAAAGUCGAGCUUGAUCCACAAACUAAAAAGAUGGGGAAGAAGUAAGGAUGAUUCUCUGGCAUCUUUAGGUGGAUCAUCAGGGGACAGAAGAGGUAAUGGUCCUAUGACCUGGAAGAAGAGUCCACAACACAGAUAUUCAAUGUCGAGUGUCCCAUCAGAAACUGUAUUGUCAAGAAAUUCAAGCAAUGGUGGUUCCAUUGACUCUGUUAGAAGGGAAGUUGAUUCUGAUACAAGGCUUUGGUCAAAAUCAAGCACAUUACUUGAUGCCCAUGAUAUAGCAACGAAAUUUCUUGAGGCACAUGGUGUAGAAAUGCCAUCACUUGACUCAUCUGAAAUGGAUAAGAGUAACAUGUCAGAAACAUCUCCAGAAAUGAAGAAUUCAUCAAACAGUGUGGCAGAUUCCCUUAGAUUUGUGUCAAAAUCUGCUGCAGGCAUACAUGAGGGAGAGAAGCCUGGCUCAAAAGAUAGGCACUGGUUAGCAUUGCAACGAGAGAAUGCCAUUAAAGGCAAAGCAGAACAACACAGAAUGAGAAAAAAAUCAGAAAAAAAUAAAAUAGAAUCACUUACUGAAAAUGUGAGACCAGAGAAAUUAACAGGAAAAAAGAUCCUGGAAGCUCUUGAAUUUAGAGAUUGUCAAACUAACUCCCCAUGUGACCAUCCAAGUCAACAGCCAGAAAUCAGCAAAAUGAAACUUGCAGAAGUACAAAAGAGGGCCCCAAAGGUUGCAAAGGCACCCCCCAAGCCAUCCAUGGGUUCUCCAACACACAAUGGUAUUUCAAUUAAAGCUUCAAGUGACGUUCGCAUGCCAGCUCCUCCAUCCCUACCUCCGUCUAAAUCUACAGCUGCUGUUGGUAUGCCUCCCCCUCCACCACCACCUCCCAAUAGUCUGCAGGAUUUGCAAAGACAAACAGGAGAAAAAGUUCAUAGAGUGCCACAAGUAGUUGAGUUUUAUCAAUCUCUGGUGAAAAGAGAAGUCCAAAAGGAGGUCACUAAUGUGACAUCUGCCACAUCUAGCAAUGUUGCAGAUGCUCAUAAUAACAUAAUUGGAGAGCUUGAGAACCGGUCUGCAUAUCUGUUAGCUGUCAAAGCUGACGUAGAAACUCAAGGUGAUUUUGUUCAAUCAUUGGCUAAUGAAGUUCGUGUAGCCAUCUAUACAAACAUUAAAGAUGUUGUUGACUUUGUACACUGGUUGGAUGAAGAACUUUCAUUUUUGGUUGAUGAGCUUGCAGUUCUCAAACAUUUUGAUUGGCCUGAGAGUAAAGUUGAUGUCUUGAGGGAAGCAGCAUUUGAAUAUCAAGAUUUGCAAAAGUUGGAGUCAGAAGUUGCAUCCUUUGUUGAUAGCCCAACACUUUCUUGUGAUACAGCUCUUAACAGAAUGUUAUCUUUACUUGAACAAGUUGAAAAGAGUGUGUAUGGACUGCUACGCACGCGAGAUAUGGUCAUUGCUCGUUAUAAAGAGUUUAAUAUUCCUACAAACUGGUUGCUUGAUUCUGGCCUUCUGGGCAAGAUUAAACUUACCUGUGUUCAAUUAGCACAAAAGUACAUGAAGCGAGUGAUAUCAGAAUUGGAUGCCAUUGCAACUGUUCCAGAAAAGGAGCCAAUUAGAGAGUUUCUUCUUUUGCAAGGAGUUCGUUUUGCCUUUCGUGUACAUCAGUUUGCUGGAGGUUUUGAUGCACCAAGUAUGGAGACAUUUGAGGAUCUUAGAAAGCGGGCUCAAGGACAAGCUAAAGAUGCAAGCUAGAAGGCAGCUUUAAAGAGUAUCCUAGGAUCAGCAUUCAUAGGAGCUGUAAUAUUUUCUUUAUAUAAAGUAUAAACAUCCAUUUCUUUAUUAAAUGCAUUUUCCUUUACAGGAAUAAAUUAAGUCACCUGCAUCAAUGGAGGAGGAUGGAAAAAUCCAAUUCUAAUGUACAAUAAAAUAUGUAAAACUGAUUGGAUUGACAGAAGUCAACCGAUCCUUGUAUUUUACUAUUGUAAAUCAUUUUGGUCUGAUCUUUGAUCUGCACAACACUGUGCUUGAUGUUUGGUAUUUCAGUUCUAUACGUACUGCAUACAAAAACAAUAUUUAACAAGGACCGUAUGAGGGUCUUACAGUUAGGAUGUUUACACAUUGUAGAAGCACAAGGGUUUUGCAAUCCAUGAUUGUGCGCGAGCAGCUAUUUAGUCAUUUUGCAAUGUUUUUAUCACCAUUGUAACUUCUAAGUUUGAAUUGGACAAAAGGAUUAUAGAAUGAGCCCAAUCUAUCAGAGGUACAUUAAUCCAUAUGAGACUAACCUUUUGAUCGAAGGAGAUAAAUUUAAAGUGUGUUAUAGUGUUUUGAACA